AGAUAUGAUUUGCGCGUAAAGGAAGGAAUCCCCUCUCCCUCACUCUCUCUCUCUCUCUCUGUGUCGGUAACGAAAUGGAAAUUUGUUCGAUCCCCACAUGAAACACUGAGGCUCAAAAAACCCGUCGGAGGCAAUAGAUUAGAGACUGCGAGAGAGUAUAGUAUCAGAGAGUAAUGGAUAGAAGAGUACGAGAUGAGAACAAGGCGGAGAUCUUCUUCUUGGCUACCCUGGUGCUGUGGUUCGUUUCGGUUUUGUUCGAAGUAGUAUUCAACAAGCGGAAGGAGCUCCUCAGUAUCCUCGCUGGCUGUUGCUUUUUUCAAACGGCCAACUGGAUCAUCAGCUUUUGCUUCUCUCCGGAUCCUCUCUUCGUCAAUACUUCCGUCUCUCUCCUCCACUCAUCAAUCACCGCCGCCUCUGUGGUAUUCAUUUUGGUUAAUGAGUGGUUGAAAAAUGGAUCGUACGGGAUGUUUGAUCACUCACAAUUGUUUGGGGGAACUUGGCCGUGGGCAUAUCCCACUUUGUGCUUCUCAUGCGGUUACUUUGCAUAUGAUCAGUGGGAUAUGCUGCAUUACCGGUUAUACAAUGGUUGGAUCCCUGCCAUCUUAGUCCAUCAUCUGAUACUCCUGAUCUGCUUUUCUCUUGCUUUAUAUCGAAAUGUCACCAUCAACUACCUCAUUCUCACUCUCAUUUGUGAGCUGCAUUCUAUAUUUCUGCACGUGAGGAAAGUGCGAAGAAUGGCUGGUAUUCGUGAUGCCAAGAGCAGAAUUGUGAGGUUAGAAUGGGUUCUUAAUUGGAUCACUUUCGUUGUAGCACGGCUGGUAUCUCACGUGCUCAUCACCGUCAAGCUCCUUAGAGAUGCUGAUAAGUUUGGACAGGGUGUCGAGCUGCCGCUUGCCUUAUUUGGGAUGGCUGGAAUGAAUUUACUUAAUGUUUUUCUUGGCAUUGAUCUUUAUAAUGCUUUCAGGAGAGAGAGAAAUCACCGAGGGAAUGGUCGUCGCCGUCAUGAAGGAGAGAAGGAAGGCUAGAAAGAGUUGUAACUGUAUUUUUAUGUUCUAUCAUUCGUUAUAUUCUUUUUGUUCGAGAAAUUGUUUGCAAAAAAUGAACUUCACAGUAACAAAAAACACCAAUGUAUGAUAUUAUAUUAGACAUGUGAAAACAGUGAUUUGAAGUACAAUACGAUGGUU